AAUACAACCAGGAAAAUGAAUGAUGUAAUAAACAAUCUGGCUGGAGAGGAAGAACAGUGCAUCUGUGAGGAGCAGGGAGCGCGCGCCGCCGGGGUGUGGCUCACGCGCACACACCCACUCAUCACGCGCAGCCGCCCAGAGUUUUUCCGAGUGGGUCUCUCUCUCUCCGUCCUUCUUCUCCUCCUCCUCCUCCUCCUCCUCACCGGGUCUCUUCUGUCCGCUCCCCGAGCCUCGUCCUCCGGCUGCAGCUCUGCGACGUUCUUCCUCUUUCCGUUGAAUAAAAGCUUCACGACUUCCAAAAUGGCCACUGUGAAAGCCAGCGGAAACUUCAAUGCCAGUGCGGAUGCUGAGGUCCUGCACAAAGCCAUGAAAGGGCUGGGGACCGAUGAGGAUGCCAUCGUGCAGCUGUUGACGGCUCGCAGCAACGCCCAGAGGCAGGAGAUCAAGGCCACCUACAAAACUCUGUUUGGAAAGGAUCUGGUCAGUGACCUGAAGGGAGAGCUGGGGGGCAAAUUUGAGACGCUGAUUGUGGGUCUGAUGACCGCCCCCAUCGCUUAUGAUGUGACGUCGCUUCGCAAUGCAAUCAAGGGGGCAGGAACAGACGAGAAGGUGCUGGUGGAGAUCCUCGCCUCCAGAACGGCUCACCAAGUGAAGGCCAUCUCGGCUGCUUACAGACAGGAGUAUGAUGACGACCUGGAGGAGGACGUAUCUGGUGACACUUCAGGUCACUUCAAGAGACUUCUGGUUAUUCUGCUGCAGGCAAACAGGCAGAAGGGGAUCCAGCAGGGAGAGAUCGAGAAUGAUGCUCAGGCCCUGUUCAAGGCCGGAGAGCACAAGUUUGGCACUGAUGAACAAUCGUUCGUCACCAUCCUGGGAAACCGCAGCGCCGAACAUCUCAGAAAAGUGUUUGACGCCUACAUGAAGCUGUCUGGAUACGAGAUGGAGGAGAGCAUCCAGAGGGAAACAUCUGGAGGCCUGAGGGACCUGCUUCUCGCCGUGGUGAAGUGUGCCCGGAGCGUUCCAACCUAUUUUGCUGAGACCCUGUACUACGCCAUGAAGGGCGCAGGUACUGACGACAACACUCUGAUCAGAGUGAUGGUGUCUCGUUGUGAGGUGGACAUGUUGGACAUCAGAUCUGAGUUCAGGAGGUUGUUUGCCUGCUCUCUGUAUUCAAUGAUCAAGGGAGACACUAGCGGGGACUUACGUAAGGCUCUACUGGUGCUCUGUGGUGGAGAGGAUGCGUAACCACGGCAACAAGCGAUGAUAGGAACCACACCUGAGGGGCCUCUUCAUUCCCAGGCUCCCUGGGACAAAAAGCAAAUGCAGAGUCACAGUUCAUUACAACAGAACUUUCUCAUGUCUGAGACACGGCCCCGUCAGGUCUGUGGGUCCAUGAUUUCAAAUGUUGCAGCUAACGUUUUGUUCAUGUCCACACUAAUGCAGCUUUUGGUCGACUAAUAUCUUCAAAAUAGCUAAUGUUUUGUCAUUUAUAAUUCCCUUUGUUUUGUAUGCACAUUGUAUGGCAGAACCAAUAUGCUACAAUAAAAAUUUAAUUUGA